CAAGAAUCCAGAAACAGAAAGCGAUGCCGUUACAACUUUGAUCGUUCAAUUAUCCACACCUCUUUCCACAUUUCCUCUCAAUUCAAGAAACCUCAAUUCUCGAUUCGCUCCACCAUCUCCCGCAAUGCCAAAUACAGACUAAAAUAAAAGAGGGAAAAAUGUUUUUCAACGAUUUUAUUCAACGGAAACUUGCAGCUCUGCUGCAGCCGUGGCUGCGAGGCCACCACGAACUCCAACUCAAAUUCGGCCCUCUCCGCUCAAACGGCGCCCUCACCAACAUCGCCUUUGACACCUCCGCGCUCAACGAAUUGCUGGAUGAUCCCUCCAAAUUCUGCUUCAAGGAAGUCACCGUCGACCACGUCAGCCUGCAAUUCACCCCGUUUUCCUCUGCCGCAUUCACUCUUGUAGUGCGCGGCGUCCGCGUCGUUCUAUCGCUUGGGGAGGAGGAGGAUGAGGGAGGGCUGAGGUGGAGGUUGAGGCGGAAGAUGAGUGAUACCUUGGCGGAGGAAAGGAAUAAGGUCCUUAAGGAUAUUGAUCCUGAGGGUUGUGCCCUGCAUGAUGCUAUUAAAAAGAUUUCGGACAUUAGCACCAGAACAUGGAGAGAUUCCUUAUGGAAUACUGUAACUAGACAUUGUCAAUUGCUGUUGGAGGAUGUUAAUAGAGAACAAAUGUACCAGGCCUGGGAGGCAGCUUUGGAAUAUAGUGGCAAACAAAAUUAGUUCUCUGCUUCCAACUUCUAAGUUGUCAUUGGUCAAUGUAGUUAGAAGUGCAUUGCUAUGGCUGAAAUAUAGUACUACCUACCACAGUAUACUUCUACAAGUUGGAUAUCCUUCCGAUGAAGUGAUGAGAAGGUCAGCUAUUUUGAUGUUCCAUGACACAAGGUAUUCAAAAUCUGUGAGAUCACAGUGGAAGUCGAUGGCUGAAAUUGAAAAUGAGUUGCCUUCUGAGGAAAUUGCAGUGGCAAGGAGAAUAAGUCGCGAAAAAGUGUUGUCAAGCAGUCUUGAAAGGAAGUUCCAGUCCACCAGGACUCCCUCAACAUUGCAUCGGCUGCUUUUGCUCAUUUUGAGCACAAUAGGCAGUUUGUUAGUUUCACUGAUGAGGGUGUUCUUUUUGGACAAAGUUCUGGCUCUUUUUUGUGCUACUAGCCUUCAUUCUGGCUUUGUUAGUGAAAAUCUGGUUCUACAUAAAAGUGUAACCUUAAAAGUUCAAGAAAUUUCAGCAAGUAUAUCUGCGGAUGAUGCCUUACAGUCUUCUGUUCAUGCAAAGACAUUUUCAAACAUGGGGUUUUCAUAUCAAGACUUACUCUCAUUCAGGUUUUCUGUAGAUGAAUUAUUCAUAAGAUAUCUGGAAAGAAUAUCUGAAAAUUCUCUUACAUUUUCCACCGGAUGCUUGAAUGUCCACUCCUUUUUGACUGCAAAAGCUGGUGCAAGUAGUCGCCUGAAACAACAACAGAGGAUGGAAACUGAUCAAAGACAGAUUAUUAUACGAGCCGAGCCUUCUCAAAUUAUUAAUUUUCCUGAAGCUGUUUCUGAAGAUGGAGAUGAUAUAGAUGAUGUUGCUAGAACUUCAGUUCCUCAGUUAGAUUGUCUUCUUGGAAAUUUGUGGUCGAAAUGGAAGAACUUAUUUUUAACGUCUGAAAAAGAAAAUAUACCAAAUAAGCUCCCUCCAUGGCUUCUUUGUAAUAUGUGGAGCUGUUUAAUUGACAAAGGAACCAGUGGUUCGGGCUCUCAGGUAGAUUGUAGCCUUAUUGUUGGUAAACUGAAUUUUAACCUGGAAUAUUAUUCCUUUGCAUCAGCUGUCGUACUUCUUAGAUGCCUACAUUGUGCCCUUGAUAGAAGGAGAGAGAUUGUUUUGCAUGUCUCAGAAACCACCAUCCAGGAUCAACCAGUGAGUUAUUUGAGCAGUAAAUUUGCAUCAUUUUCAAACAAAAUUAGGAUGGACAUUCCUCGAAUACUUUCUGCAAAGCAUGUUCAAAUUGGGGCUCUCUUUGCUGGACCUACUUUUGGGAUAUCUUUGUCAAACAAUCAUUUCCAUCCUAGUGCAGCGAACCCAAGCCACUCAGUCACACGGCUCUCUUUUGAAAUAUGCAAUAUUGAACUUCUCGUAUCACCAAAUGUUAAAGAUUAUGCUGGGUUAUUAAGUGACAUUGGACCAGAGAGCCCCGGGCUUAUAGAACCUCAAGAAAUUGGCAACUCUGACUCAGGGAACGGAGCUUACAGCUGUCAAGAGAAGACUUCACUCUGCGCAUACUUAAAUUUUGAGGGUUUGAAGGCUUACACUGAUGAGAGCACUGAGAGCAAAAAAAACCAAAUUAUAGACUUGAGGCCAACGACUGCAAAGCUCAAAUAUGUGAGGAAGGAUCAUUAUGCACUUGGUACAUCACUCAUUUCUGUCUCAGCGGCUCUUCAUUGGGUGGGUACAGGGUUUUCCUGUUUAAUGUUUUUGGAUGAGUUGCAUGUUCUGACAAAGGUUGUUUUUGGAGUAUUAUAUGAGUCACGUGCCCUGCGGAUGAAUCUUUCUGAUCGUGAUUUAAGCCGUGAAGCAGCAUCAGGAAGAGAUAUAACUCGUUUUGAAUCUGAGAGCGGAUUCUCGGUUAGCAGAAAUCAUGGAUCCCAUGUUACAUACCCUAAAGUUUUUUUAAAUGGAAAACUUGAGCUUAACUCGCUUGACAUGGUUCUUCAUAAGUCUCGGAAAAGCUACAUUUCUGAGACCUAUACAAACACCUUGCCAACUGAUAGAGAAGCUGGCAACAGGGCGUCCUCAAAUGACAUUUCCCACAACGGAAUUUACAUCACUAUGAAGCAUUCAGUGAUGGAGUUUAUUUCCAAAGGACAGGACAUGGAUGUUACAAUUGAUACAAUUGGAUUUCGAUGUAUCAUAUUCAGAUAUUUGGCUGAGUUUCAUGGAUCUUCAGAUAAAUCUGAGCUUAAAAAUCUAUUACGCUCUCUGGAUUUUUUGACUGAAGCAUCAGUUUCUCAUAUCAAAUUUUGUUUCUGCUUGAGAAACCUUGAUGAAGCUGUGCCAUCUACAAGCUUGUUCUAUACAGCUGUUGAACCUAGAUCUCAUGGCACUGAAAGUCUGCAUGAUCAUUGGCUGUCCGUGAAAAUUGUUAUUUCUCAAAUUUAUAUGGCUGGAUGCCCAUUAAAAGAUAUUUUGGUCCAUGACUUUGAGGAAUUCAAUGCUGCUUUUUCUGUUGGUGGUGAAUUCCAGGCAAUCUCUUGUGAAUGCAAGGGUGGUUCCAUGUUACUUGAAGCAAAAGCUGUGACAAUGUUCAACGAAUGCUUUACUCUGUACUACCAAUGGGUUUCAAAACUUCGACCGUCUGGUAAAUUUACAGCUGCACAAGAUAUCAGCAAAAUGGCUUCUGUAGCUGGUAACCCCUGCAUAAGCCGUCAGCAAGUCCAAUGUCAAGAAGCAGCAAGAGAUGGUCUGGAUGCAUUAUGCGUGAGUAUUUUGCAUUUGUCUCUCAUUCUUGUGGAGAGGCAUGAAUCUGGCAGAAUCCAGGAACUUCUACUUGAGGUUGACUUUCAUAUAAACCUUGAAGUGUUAAAUACAGUGAGAAAAAUCGCAAUCAGGGAUUCCAAGUUUUCUCUGCUUUCUCAAUUCAGAGAUGAGGACCUAGGACAUAAUCUAAAGGUUAUUCAAAGUUCUUUUUCUUCUAUCUCUCCUGAUGAUUCAGUUCCCAGGUUUAUAAGAAAGGGCUCAUCGAUCUCUCCCCACUAUAAAAAUACAAUUCAGUCAGAGGUUGAUGCUAAUCCACCAAGUACCUCAAUCCCUAUAAGAAGUUCUCAUGUUGAUACUAUGAGUUGUCAAAAGUAUAUAAUGAAAGAGUUGCAGUAUUCCCUAGAGGCAGAGAGACCUGCAACAAGAAACUGCUCUGAUCCUCCAUGCUCAAAUGACAUUUGGGUUGGCAGUGGUUGUAUAUCCCAGUUUGAUGUGACCAUCUCUCUGCAUGAAAUAAAUAUGAUGCUUUCUUCUUUGGAAUCUUUCUCCAACUUUUUGGGAAGGGAGGGAACCUCAAAUGUGGACUCCAGGCGCUGGUCCUAUAGCCAAGAACCAGAGGGAAAUAUGGAAGAAAUGGUUCCUGAUGGAACAAUUGUUGCCAUCCAAGAUGUCGACGAACACAUGUAUGUCACAGUUAGAGAUGUGCAAAGUGGAUAUGAUAUAUCUGGAGAAGUCCAUUAUUCACUGGUGGGAGAGCGUGCACUUUUCAGGGUAAAUUAUCAGAAGCCAGGGAGAUGGAGAUCACACAUUCAGCAUUUUUCCCUAAUUUCAUUGUAUGCUAAAGACAACUCCGGGGAACCAUUGCGGUUGAGUUGCCAACCACGAUCAAAAUUUGUUGACGUCUGUUCUAGUGGUAGUGGGUCUUCACUCUGGGAAAUGCUUCCCUUUAAACCUGAUGCUUAUGAAGAUGCUGUUGGGUUGGAAUCUUCUACAUAUAUAUCUAAAAGGGCGUUCCACCUUGUGAAUAAGAAAAAUGAUUGUGCAUUGGCCUUUAUAGAUGGCAUGCUUGAAUUUGUCAGCAAACCAGGAAAUUUAUUCAAGUGGAAAGUGUUUGAUGACCUUGGUUCAGUACGUAAUAGUUUAUCACCCAAUAGGUUUAUUACAGAGGGGCUUUCCAGCGCCACUCCUGUAUCAGAGGAAGAAGGUUCGACAGAGGCUGGAAAUCUUCAAAGUGAUUCAAAUGUCACUGACAUGGGAUUGUUAAUGACAAAUGGGAACCUCAUGGCAAUCACGGUUAAUGUGGGGAAGGUUACUCUAACAAUUGUCCAUGAGCUUUCAGAAACUGAGGAAAAGUUCCCGUUACUGCAGGGAUGCAUCAUGCCUAAUCAAACAAUAAUACAUAUAUCAGAUGUUAAAGUCAGGAUUAUGGACAGAUUUGAAGUUAUUCUCUAUUACUUUGAUGGCCAGCAAAAUUCGUGGAAGGAAUUUAUUCAACCACUUAAAAUCUGCGCUUUCUAUUCGCAGAAGUUAGUCAUUCAGGGUGCUGAAAGUCCUCUUCAUGGAGGGCCUAGUCGCUUCUUUGCUAAUUUUAAGGAGGUGACUAUAUCGCUAACCGAGCUUUCCUUGGAUAUCGUGUUGUUUGUGGUCGGGAAGUUGAAUUUGGCUGGUCCUUACGCAGUCAAAAGCUCUCUUGUUCUAGCCAAUUGCUGCAAGGUUGAAAACCGGUCUGGCUUGACCCUUCUUUGUCAGUUUUAUGAUAGUCAGGAUGCAUCAAUAUCUUCGAGGCAGUCUGCCACCAUAUUCUUAAGGCACCUAUCUUUGGCAAAUCAACCACCAGAAGCAUCUUUCUUUUCAUUACAACUUGUCCAGAAAGCUCUUUCUACUUCUCUACUUCAUCUUUCACUUUUAGAAGCUCGAAAUUUUGCUUGGAGGACUCGGAUUAUGUCAUCCCAAGACUCCAAAUCUUUUCCCGGCCCCUUUCUUGUUGUUGAUAUUUCGAAGGGCAUUGAGGAUGGCUUAUUGAUCUCCGUCUCUCCUCUACUAAUGAUUCACAAUGAAACUGAUUUCACCAUGGAGCUGCGUUUGCAAAGGUCUCAGAGUGAGGGAACUGACUCUGCUUCACUAAUAUUGAAAGCUGGAGAUACUGUGGAUGACACAAUGACAGCAUUUAACGCUGUUAACUUGACUGGUGGUUCGAGAAAAGCAUUGACAUCUUUGUGUGUUGGGAACUAUGUAUUCUCAUUUAGACCACAUUCUGGAGAUGGUUUGGGUAAUUUUGAGAAAUCAUCCAUAGAGUGGUCAGAUGAACUUAAAGGUGGGAAGUCCAUACGCCUAUCUGGGCUAUUUGACAAACUAAGUUAUCAAGUGCGAAAGGCAUUUUCUGUUGACUCGACUAGAUUUUCACUGAGCAGCGCAAAUUGUGCUGUUGCAUCUGAAGAAGGUUUUGUUUCUAACGUAUAUUUCCUGAUACAAACUGUUGGAAAGACAAUACCUGUUAUAAACCCAGAUAACUUUGGGCAUGCACCUGGCAAUAAAAAUUCACCAGUUGCAAUGCAAGAGCAGAAGGAGAUUUUUAUUCUUCCCACAAUUAAGGUUGCAAAUCUAUUGCACACAGAGAUACAUGUCCGCUUGACUGAUAAAGAUCCACACAGCACUACAGAUAAUGACAACAUAUGGAGCCAAGCAACUAUUUCAUCUGAAUCAGCUGUCAAUUUUUAUGCUAAUCCUGAUACUAUCUACUUUGUGGUGACAUUAACUUCUUUCGAGUCAAGCUGUAAACCAGUAAAUAGCCGUGAUUGGGUGAGAAAAUUACAAAAGCAAAAAGGACAUAUUUCUCAUUUGGACAUUGAGUUAGACUUUAGUGGCGGAAAGUACUUUGCUAUGCUGAGGUUGUCUCGUGGACUCAGAGGCACAUUAAAGGUGGAUAUCUUUACUCCAUAUGCACUGCAGAAUGAUACAAAUGAGCCAUUAUUUUGUUUUUCGGCUAACCAGAGGCCUUUAUAUAGGGUUGAAGGAUUAGGUACCAGUAUUCCUCCAGAUAUAGGAUCAUUUUUACCUCCUCGUUCCAUCAGAUCGUGGUUCUCAAAAUGCCACAAAUUGCAUUUAAAGUUGCUGGAGGAGAAAGUGCUGGAAGCGCCAUUGGACUUGGAUGUGCUAUCAGGGCUUGCAGAGAUAGACCUCGAAUCUGAAGAAUCUUAUGGAUCAAAAGAUAUUGUGAGGCUGGCAGUUUCUGUAAGGGCAUCAGUCAAUAAAGAUUCGCAUAUAGUAUCGUUAAGCUCGCGUUAUAUUGUUUGCAACGACUCGGAUGAUGUAAUUGCUAUCCGCCAAUGCUACAUGGAGGAUAUGGAAGAGGUUACCAAUAUCGACAGUAAAGGGAGGAUAGCUUUAAGGCUGAAGACAGUAAUGAGAAAAAAGAAAGUUACCAGCUUUAUUGAUAAUAUUCUCAAAAAGCAUACAAAAUCUCAAACUGACUCGUCAUUUUUCAUUCAAUUCCGACCAAAUGAGAUGGGACUUUGUUGGUCGGGACCAAUAUGUGUGGCCUCAUUAGGACGUUUUUUUGUGAGAUUCCGAAAAUCUGUUGAUUUUCCUGAAACUCAGUCAGAUAACAUGUCCACCAAAGACAGUAUUGGUGAAUUUGCAGCUGUUCAUGUGGUGGAAGAAGCAUCUACCAUAGUCUUGCAUUUCCGCAGGCCACAAAUGACGAAUCUCCCCUAUAGAAUAGAGAACUGCUUACGUGAUACCCCUUUAACUUAUUAUCAGAAGGGUGGCUCAUCAGAGCCAGAGACUUUAGGAGCUGGAGGUACUAUUGACUAUGUCUGGGAUGACCUGACUCUUCCACAUAAGUUAGUUGUUCAACUUGAUGAUGUGCAUCUAUUGCGAGAAAUCAACCUAGAUAAGGUACGAUCUUGGAAGUCAUUUUACCGGAGCAAGCAAACCAGAGGUCUAGGACUUCAUCUACCACCGGAGAAGAAGCCAGAAGAUCAGAAACAAACUACGUACAGUCGGUUAACGAGUAUGGAGGGUGCUAAGGUGGGCUUUGAAGUAUAUGCUGAAGGUACCACAAGAGUGUUGAGGAUUUGUGAGUUCUCUGGUAGUCAUAAGGUGAAUACAGGGUUCAGAUCCAGCAGAAAACUGAGGCUGAGAAUCUCUUAUUUUUCUCUCCACUUGCUGGAAUAUGGAAAGCAGGAGGUAAAUCUAGGUGACCCGUCCCGCUAUGCACCAAUAAUUAUUGUGAGGCUUGAAAGAAUUAAUUGGGAUGGUAUAAUGACCAAUCAGCUAAACUAUAGCCAAAUCAGAGUGCAGUCGUUAAGUGUGGAUGAGAAGUGGGCUGGGGCUCCAUUCAACACCAUGCUUCGCAGGCACCAGUUGGAGAAGUCUGAUACAAAUGAGUGUGUCCUUCACAUUGGACUAGUUUUACUUCCAACUAGUUAUAAUGUCAGACAAGUAAAGUACCUUUCUAUCGUGCUUCAGCCUCUCGACUUGAACAUUGAUGAGGAUACACUGAUGAGAAUGGUUCCAUUCUGGAGAAGUUCCCUCAGUAAUUCAACUACGUCCAGUCAGUACUAUUUUGAUCAUUUUGAGGUCCACCCUAUAAAGAUCGUAGCAAGCUUCCUUCCUGGGGACUCACGUUACAGCUACAGUUCAACUCAAGAGACUCUUAGAUCUUUACUCCAUAGUGUGAUUAAGAUACCUGCUAUUCAAAGAAAAACUGUUGAACUCAAUGGCGUCCUUGUAACACAUGCUUUGAUAACACUGAAAGAAUUGACUAUAAAAUGCGCACAGCACUAUUCAUGGUAUGCCAUGAGAGCUAUCUACAUUGCCAAGGGAAGCCCGCUGCUUCCUCCAGCUUUUGCUUCUAUAUUUGAUGAUCUUGCUUCAUCCUCCCUUGACGUCUUUUUUGAUCCUUCAACCGGCUUGCUUAAUGUUCCUGGGGUAACCUUGGGCACUCUCAAGCUGAUCAGCAAAAUCGUAGACAACAAAGGUUUUUCAGGAACAAAACGCUACUUUGGUGAUCUGGGAAAGACAUUAAAAACAGCUGGGUCUAAUGUGCUAUUUGCUGCAGUCACUGAAGUAUCAGACUCUAUUCUUAGGGGAGCAGAAACAAAUGGUUUUAAUGGAGUGGUCAAUGGUUUUCACCAAGGAAUUCUCAAGUUAGCUAUGGAACCAUCUGUUCUUGGUAGUGCUUUCAUGGAAGGUGGCCCAGAUCGAAAAAUUAAGCUAGACAGAAGUCCCGGGGUUGAUGAGCUAUACAUUGAGGGCUAUCUUCAAGCAAUGUUGGAUACGAUGUACAAACAAGAAUAUCUUAGGGUGAGAGUCAUUGAAAACCAGGUUAUUCUAAAAAACCUUCCUCCAAGCAGUUCUCUCAUCAAUGAGAUUAUGGAACGUGUAAAGGGAUUUCUUGCUAGCAAGUCACUGUUGAAGGGGGAAUCUUCAAGUCAUUCCCUCCAACACAUACGGGGAGAAAGGGAGUGGAAACUUGGCCCUACGAUCUUGACUCUCUGCGAGCACCUGUUUGUGAGUUUCAUGAUCCGUGUGCUGCGGAAACAUUCUGGCAAAGUUAUCGGCAGAAUAAAGUGGAGGGAUGAAGAAAAGGCAGAUGAAGAGAAAGCCAUUGAUGAACAAAAGGUGAAGUUUGUGUGGAAAUGGGGAUUGGGGAAGUUUGUGUUGUCAGGUAUAGUGGCAUAUAUUGAUGGACGGUUGUGUCGAAACAUCCCUCAUCCUUUAGCAAGAAGAAUUGUUAGUGGCUUUUUGUUGAGCUUUCUUGAUCAAAGUGAUGAUGAAACAAAGUGAUGUGUACUCUUAAUUGUGCAAUGGAAAUUAGAAGCCAUUUUGCAGCA